AUGUUCGCCUUGGCAUCCAUAGUGAAAAGACAAGUGGUUGGCCCUACUGUCGGUAGAGCUUUAUUCAAUGCUACUCCAAAGAUGACUAUCCCAGCAAUGAAUAACACAUCAUUUCUUUUGAAUUCAACAAGAGGCUUCAAGGUAAGAACCUCCGUUAAGAAGUUCUGCAAAGAUUGCUACAUGGUUAGAAGAAAGGGCAGGGUGUAUGUUUACUGUAAGAGUAAUGGUAAACAUAAACAAAGACAAGGUUAG